AUGGAGUCCUUCAGAGAAUUCGUCGCAAACCAGGUGUCAGUUAACGCUGGCGACGACCGUCCAGCGCAUGAAGGAGAUCAGGCCACCAACGAUGUUAGUGGAACAACACUGAACGACGAUGCGCCUUCGCAGAACGUCAAAAUAGAGGAUGGCCUUCCUCGUGCUUUAGAGGUCAACAAAUCCGAUUCAGAUGAGACGGAGAAAGUCGUGCCUCAGAAAAACCCUCAUCCGAGUUUAUCGAACAAUCCUCCCGAUGAGCCACCGCUGGCACCUGGCCAGAAGGAUGUCGACGAUGAGGAGGAUGAGCUAGAUCUUUCCAAGUCCUUCCAUCGCACCACGAUCCCAUCUCCUACCGCACUUCAACGCAACAAGGGUGCUUUGGUCAGCAAGGUAGGAGAUGAAGGGGUCGUCAAAAUGCACAAGUUCACCCUCCAUGAGACCGCAAAUUACUAUUACAUUGUCGGCUCGGAUCUUUUGGACUCUGCAUUCCGGAUCUUGAAGAUUGAUCGAACAUCAGAACCAGGCGAACUAAAUAUCACAGAGGACGACAUCGUCUACACCAAGAAAGAGACGCAGCAAAUUCUCAAUGCCAUCGACGAGGGUAAUCGUGCCACGGGCGGACUCAAGGUCAAGACCAGCUUUUGGGGCCUGCUUGGUUUCAUACGCUUCACCGCGCAAUUCUAUAUGCUGUACGUGACUAAACGAAGUCAAGUGGCUAUGAUUGGCGGGCACUACAUCUACCAGAUCGACAAGACAGAAAUGAUGCCUCUGGUUACGGCAGCGUCUACACGAGCAAAGACAGAACGGCAUCUCGAAGAAGCACGCUUCGUCAGCAUCUUGAACAACCUUGAUCUCACGAGGUCGUUCUACUUCAGCUACUCUUACGACGUCACACGCACGUUGCAGCACAACAUCAUGCGCGAACGCCAGGCGUUGCAGGAAGAUCUGGUCGCACCCCACACCCCCGACCACAACGACAUGUUUGUCUGGAACCAUCAUCUUCUCAAGCCUGCGAAGGAAGCCCUGAAGAACCCGUAUGACUGGUGUCUGUCGAUUGUCCAUGGUUACGUCGAUCAAAGUGCCUUGUCAGUAUACUGGGGAAGAGUGGUCUACGUGACGAUCAUUGCACGUCGAUCAAGAUUCUUCGCCGGCGCGAGGUUCCUGAAACGGGGCGCAAAUGAUCUCGGAUAUGUGGCAAACGAUGUCGAAACGGAACAGAUCGUGUCGGAGAUGUUGACGACCUCGUUCCACUCCCCUGGACCAAUGCUAUUCGCGAACAACAAGUACACCUCACAUGUGCAGCACCGAGGCAGCAUCCCCUUACACUGGACGCAGGAUAGUACAGGCGUGUCUCCGAAACCUGAUAUCCAUCUCAACGUAGCAGAUCCGUUCUUCAGUGCUGCGGCGCUGCACUUUGAUGACCUCUUUAAACGAUACGGCACACCAAUAUACGUGCUCAACCUUGUCAAAGCCCGCGAGCGGACUCCUCGAGAGUCGAAACUACUUAAGGAGUACACAGUCGCGGUGAAUUACCUGAACCAGUUCCUCCCCAGGGACAAGGAGAUCCUGUACCACGCCUGGGACAUGAGUCGAGCGUCGAAAAGCCGGGACCAAGACGUCAUUGGCAGUCUAGAAGCGAUAGCCGAAGACAUCCUGCCGAAGACGGGAUUCUUCCAGAACGGCAACGACGAGGAAUCCGGUCUCAAACUGCAAAGCGGCGUUGCACGAACCAAUUGCAUCGACUGUCUCGACCGCACCAACGCAGCGCAGUUCGUGAUCGCGAAAAAGGCCCUGGGCUAUCAGCUCCAGGCAUUGGGCGUGAUCGAGGAGCCGUCGGUCGAAUACGACUCGGACGCCGUCAACCUGUUCACCCACAUGUGGCACGACCACGGCGACACGAUUGCCGUGCAGUACGGCGGCUCGCAUCUCGUGAACACCAUGUCGACGUACCGCAAGAUCAACCAGUGGACGAGCCACUCUCGCGACAUGGUCGAGAGCUUCAAGCGGUACUACAACAACUCGUUCAUGGACGCCCAGCGACAGGAGGCGUACAAUCUCUUUCUGGGCAACUAUGUGUUUGCGCAAGGCCAGCCGAUGCUCUGGGACUUGACGACGGACUACUACCUCCAUCACUCCGACCCGCGGUCCAUGUUCGGCAAGCGCCGACCCAGCUACCGGCACUGGUAUACCGACGCGUAUCUCGAGUCACCGCAGAUGCCGCCCUCGCUGUGGCCACGAGAGCUCCGCGAUCGGCCCCUCGCGUACUUUGACGACUACUGGAUCGAAUACUACAAGCCGCUGGCCAUCUCGUCGUUCCGCAAACUGCAUUCCUUCAAAAUGCACUCGAACCUCCGAUACAUACCCAUCAGCUCCACGUCCGGGGGAAAGUUCGACCUCAGCCCAUUUAAGGUGCGGACGGCCAACGAAAGCGACGGAGAAGGAGGACACGACAACAACAAGCGCAAGGGCGUCAAGAUAGUUGCCCCGUCGGACGUUAAUUCGACCGCCGACGGACGUGUGGAGCCCGCGCAAGUUGAGCCGACCCCGACCCCGAAACCGAACACGCUGGGCCCCUGGCUCGACGCGCAACAGCAAUUACACAACACGUUGACCCGCCGGACGAAUUACACGGGCAUCAUCAAAGAGGCGUCGUUUGAAGUGCAGUCCCCGUCGGCCGUGCCUCGCGUCCCGAAACUGCCAGCCGCAGGGAGCACGGACCUGACCAACAGCUCGCUGCUGCUGAGUCCGCCGACCAAGGAAGAACUCGCCCUCCAGGCGUUCACCUCGCUGAUCACCUCUUCCCUGAACCCCGCGGUGCGCCAACUCUCCGAGUACGAGCGCUACGUCACGCAUCCGAGCAAGAUCCCGCUGAUCACCACCUCGGUGACGGACUAUUCGGCCGCCCCGCUCGAAUAUCUCGAGUAUUUGUCCAAAACCACAUCCUCGCAAAAUCCCGCCGAGGCGUACCCGCAGGACUCGAUUCUGCGUCAAUAUGAUGACGAGCGCGGGGCCGUGACGUUGACCAUGGACGAAAAGGCCGAGGCCAGCCUGGAGGAGUAUUGGGAGUACGUGCUUUCCGGGAAAAUGGAGGAGCCGCUGAGCGUGACCGAGGAGGAAGAGAUGGGCGGCAAGAAGCGGUAUAAGGCGUAUAGGAAGUGGUUGAGGGGGAAGAGUCUGUUCAAGCAGAGACCCGUGAUGGGCGAGGACGUCGAUGGAAUUGGUCUUGAUUGA